AUGCCUUUAGCUAGAAAUUUACUACACCUAUCCUUAAAAGAGGAAAAGAAAAAAUAUAAAAAGAAAUAGCUAGCUCAAAGCCCAGGUUCCUAUUUUAUGGAUGUAAAAUGUUCAGGUUGUUACAAGAGUACCACGGUUUUCAGCCAUGAUCAGACGGUGUUUUUUUUUUUUUUUUGUAUAGGUUGUUUAACAUUGUUGUGCCAGCCAAGAGGAGGAAAGGCCAGACUCACAGAAGGCUUUUCAUUUAGAAGAAAGCAACACUAAUGAUCCAUAUUAGUGUUAUAUCCUCCUGAAUUUGUGUUA